UUUUAACAAGCCAUUAUGUGUUCGGCCACGCCUACAAUGGGGCGGCUGGGUAUAAAAGACGAGGCCCAACCUAUUCAGAUGGACCACACCCCAAAAAUUUCUGGAAUUUUUCGUCGCAUAUGUAUUCUAUCCCAAGUUUCUAGAGAGGUACUCUGUUACCUUAAUCACUCGGCUAUCCGGCCAUGUGAAAUGGCUAAAAGUAGAAAAAUCGCAGGAGAAGAAGAAGAAAAAGAGAAUAUGCAAGUAGAGGAGGAAGAAGAAGAUGAUGAUGAUGAUACUCAUGAAGAUGAAGAGAUGUCAGAAGAUGAAAUGAUCAAUAAAGAAAUCGAAAUUAAUUUUGAAGCGAUAACACCGGAUGAUUCGGAUAUUCAUGGCAUAAAAAGAUUAUUACAACAGCUCUUCUUGAAGGCUCACGUCAAUUUGUCAGAACUGAGCGAAUUGAUAAUUCAACAGAAUUAUGUUAGCAGCGUAAUAAAGCAAGAGAUUGGAGAAGAGGACGACGACGACGACAUGGACGAUGAAGAUUUUGGAAUGAUUUCGGUGAUUAAUAUAACAGAUAAAAAGGAUGUCAACUGUGUGAGUCAGAUAUGGUCGUUUCUCAAAAAUCACUGCAAGGGAGCAGGUCCUGAAGGAAAGAAGUUAAUCUCCAUUCUGGAAGAUCCAAAUGCUAGAGUAGGUCUUAUACUGAGUGAACGGUUUAUGAACAUCCCUCCAAAAAUUGCUCUACCGCUCUACGAAAAUCUUAGGAUGGACAUGAAAAAAGCUGUUGAUAAAAAUAUGAAAUUUGAUUUUUCACAUUACUUGUUAAUAAGUAAGAUUUAUCACCAGAAAAUGGUGAAGAAAGAUGAAAGUAUCAUUUUUGCAAAUGCAGAAGAGGAAUUCUUUGCCGAAGAAGCUGAAGUUCAGUUUGAAUAUUCUGUGGCUAACGAAUCUGAUACGGUACUGAUGGGAGGAUGGUCCGAAGACGACAGAGAAUGGAAACCUUCCCGGAAGAUAUUAUUGAUACCCAGUCCAAAACUGGAUGUUGUGAUUCAGAAGUUGCAGUCUGAAUUUUUGUAAACUGUUUAUAAGCAUACAGUAAUUUGUAAAAUAAAACUUUUUAUUUAGAAUUUAUAUAAUUUAUAUGUAUGCAAAUGAUUUACCACCACAAAUAAAUAUUUUUGUUAGAAAAUUAUAUUAAUCUGUGUAUUAAGAAUUUUUGUUAUGUUAACAGUAGGCAGUUUCUAGCAGUGCCAUAUCAGAGGCCAUGCUGUUUAGUAUUGGUUAUUGUGUAACUAAGU